CCGAAAGGACCGAUAAAUAAGCCACACGUCAAUUUAAUUUACAUCAAGAUGGCGACCGAGGGCGAAUAUGAGUCGAUCCUUUGCGUUAAACCCGACGUCAACGUUUAUCGCAUACCACCGAGGGCUACAAAUCGUGGAUACAGGUAAAUGCAAAGGGUUGGCCAUAUUUGGGGUGUUGGACAAAAACCGCGGUGCUGGUGGUUCUAUCUGGGUGCAUUGUGUGUGUGUGCCUAUCUAUCUGGAUGUUUACAGCUGUCGAUGUGUGUCUAAUUUGUUUUGCGUAGGCCUACGACUCACUAAUUAUUCUGCCCCAUUGGCAAUAUUGAUGUUACUCUCGCAAAGCUGGCACUAUCAGUGCGGAUGAAUUGACAGUGAAUGGCAUGAUAUGUGUAUUUGCGUGUGCUGUUUAUCAGCAUAGUUUAACCAGAGAAUGUAUUGGCAGAAUGCAUUGACAGCAAAUGUUAUAUGAAUGUAUAUUAGGUGAUAAAUAGCCCUAUAUACUUGGGCCUAUAAUACAAGGUUCCCGAUCAUUCUACAACAGUCCUAUUGUGAUAGUAAAAUUGAUUACAGAAUUGCUCAAAUAAUGAAACCAUUGUCUAUUAAAGGCAUCUGAAACCAACAGUGCUAGCUGCCAGGGAAAAAUAAAAGUAGUUUCAUCAGACUACUGUUUUCAGUCUGACCUAUUGGCCUAUAUGUGUGUGGACCAGUUAACUGUAGGCUAAAUGGUUUUAAUUGACAUUCUCUAAAACCAUAAAUUAUCUUAUGCUAUUAAUUGGGGUUUGUGAUCUUAAUAAUAGUCUUGCUUCAGCCUUCAGGCAUUAUAAGAACAAGAUAAUUGGGUCAAUUCAGAAUUCUUUCCAUAUUGUACCGUACUAUUUGUUACAAAAGCUGGUCAGAGAACAGUUUGAAUAGGCACUGUUUACUGACCUUCUGACGUACUCCCUGUUUUGCCCUGUUAUUGGUUACCUCUGACCUGGGUCUUUCCUGUAGGGCAGCAGACUGGAAGCUGGAUGUGCCCGAUUGGUCAGGGCGCAUGCGGAUCACGGCCAAGGGGAAAGUGGCCUACAUCAAACUGGAAGACAAAGUCUCAGGUGAGAGAGUCAUGAAAUUGUGUGUGUGUGUGUUGCACAGGUGCCCCUUUGUCCCAACAUUGCUUGUCAGGGACCCUUUCAAUGUAGCCAGUAAAAUGAACUUCAUACAGCAUAUCUGUGUGGUUUAUAAUUACGAUUGUGUUUUUCUCAUCCCAUCCUGCAGGGGAGCUGUUCGCCCAGGCCCCUGUCACAGAGUAUCCCGGCAUCGCAGUUGAAACCGUAAGCGACUCCAGUCGCUACUUUGUCCUGCGAAUACAGGAUGACAAUGGUGUGUAUUUGAGUGAAAGCCCCUCACUGUGCAUUCAUAGCUAUGUCAGCCUUUUACACAAGUCAUAUAGUGUUAUGUCAGCCUCCUUUAGCAGGCUAUGUCAACAUCCUCUCUCGGAUCACAGUGCAUUCAUAGAGUUUGUCAGCUCUCCUCAAAUGUCAAUUCACUCUUCACUUAUGUCAGCUCAAUGUCAAUGAACUCAUACAGCUAUGUCAACCUACUCUCUCAGGCCGCAGUGCGUUUAUUGGUGUUGGAUUCGGGGACAGAGGGGACUCUUUUGACUUCAACGUGUCUUUGCAGGACCACUUUAAGUAAGUAAUGGAAGGGGUCACUCCAGGGACAGUGUGACUGUCAAGGCACUCAAACACUGGUGCUUCAUCAUCUCCCACUAAUAACAAACACACCUACUGUGGUCUGUUUGCAGCAUAAGUUGCCAGCCAAAACAACGUGUCAUUGAGUUUGCUUGUUCCAGAUGCUGCAGUUUUCAAAACAGCUGAUGUAACAUUACUUUUUCCAGUGUCAGUGCAUAUUAAGUCGAUAUUGUGUGUGUGUUACAGGUGGGUGAAACAAGAGAAUGAGAUCAGCAAAAACCCUCAGGGGGCUGCUUUGGGACCAAAGCUGGACUUGGGAUUUAAAGACGGACAAACCAUCACCCUUAAUAUUGGGGUAAAGACCUGGCACAAUUGAACUAGAUCAUUCUUAUAGAAAUUGUAUAACUAGCCCUUGCUCCUGGGGUCUGUUUGGGAUUGGCCAUUUGACUUUUACUCAACACCCAAUUUCAAUCUUUAUUUUUUUCUCUCUCUUCCUUUCUCUCUUCAAGCAAGGCAAAAAGAGGGAUAAGCCACGCCCACAGGGGUCAGGUGGGCUCGGUCUCCUACCGCCACCACGGAAAGGAAAGAUAGCUCCUCCUCCUUCCUCUGCUUUCUCCAAUCAAAACACAGUGCCUCAAACAGGAGGCUCAGAUAACGGUACAGCAGUUAAAACAAAAAGCCUUGAUAAACUUCUCUAUAGUUAAAUAAAGCUGUGAUUGGUAAACUACAUGGCCAAAAGUAUGUGGACACUCCUUCAAAAUAGUGGAUUCGGCUAUUUAAGCCACACCCGUUGCUGACAUGUGUAUAAAAUCGAGCACACAGCCAUGAAAUCUCCAUAGACAAACAUUGGCAGUAGAAUGGCCCGUACUGAAGAGCUCAGUCACUUUCAAUGUGGCACUCUCAAAGGAUGCCACCUUACCAACAAGGCAGUUUGUCAAAUUUCUGACCUGCUAUAGCUGCCCCGGUCAACUGUAAGUGCUGUUAUUGUGAAGCGGAAACAUCGAGGAGCAACAACGGCUCAGCCGCGAAGUGGUAGGCCCACACAAGCUCACAGAACGGGACCGCCGAGUGCUGAAGGGUAUAGCGCAUAAAAAUCAUCUGUCCUCGGUUGCAACACUCACUACCGAGUUCCAAACUGCCUCUGGAAGCAAUGUCAGCACAAAAACUGUUCGUCAGGUGCUUCAUGAAAUGGGUUUCCAUGGCCGAGCAGCCGCACACAAGACUACGAUCACCAUGCGCAAUGCCAAGUGUCUGCUGGAGUGGUGUAAAGCUUGCCGCCAUUGGACUCUGGAGCAGUGGAAACGCGUUCUCUGGAGUGAUGAAUCACGCUUCACCAUCUGGCAGUCCGACGGACUAAUCUGGGUUUGGCGGAUGCCAGGAGAACGCUACCUGCCCCAAUGCAUAGUGACAACUGUAAAGUUUGGUGGAGGAUGAAUGGUCUGGGGCUGUUUUACAUGGUUCGGGCUAGGCCCCUUAGUUCCAGUGACGCAAAAUCUUAACGCUACAAUAUACAGUGACAUUCUAGACGAUUCUGUGCUUCCAACUUUGUGGCAAAUGUUUUUGGGGAAGGCCCUUUCCUGUUUCAGCAUGACAAUGCCCCCGUGCACAAAGCGAGAUCCAUACAGAAAUGGUUUGUCGAGAUCGGUGUGGAAGAACUUGACUGGCCUGCAUAGAGCCCUGACCUCAACUCCAUUGAACACCUUUGGGAUGAAUUGGAACGCCAACUGCGAGCCAGGCCUAAUCGCCCAACAUCAGUGCCCGACCUCAUUAAUGCUCUUGUUGCUGAAUGGGAGCAAGUCCCCACAGCAAUGUUCCAACAUCUAGUGGAAAGCCAUCCCAGAAGAGUGGAGGCUGUUAUAGCAGCAAAGGGGAGACCAACUCCAUAUUAAUGCCCAUGAUUUUGAAAUAAGAUGUUCGACGAGCAUGUAGUGGCCAUGUAGUGUAGCUUUGAUUGUUCAUACUCUCUCUCUCUGUCGUCUCUCUCUCUCUCAAUUCAAUUCAAUUCAAAGGGGCUUUAUUGGAAUGGGAAACAUAUGUUAACAUUGUUUAUUUCACUUGCUUUGGCAAUCACAAAUUAACAGUUAACAUAAACACAGAAACGUUUCAGAAGUUUCUCUCUCUCUCUAGGCUGUUUGCUAGAUCUGGACAAUAGUAACUCCAACACUGUGGUCCAAUCAUCCAACCCCAACAGUGAUCUUUGGGGAGACUUCUCCUCUCCUGCAAGGUAACUUGUUAGAACUGUCUGUGACGGAGCUUAUUUUAGCUCUUUUUCUUGUUAUGCUAUGACAUACUGAUUAUAUAUGCUUAAUAUACUGUAACACCAGUAUUGCUAUGAGUCAAUCAGCCUGUAAAAUAGUAUUUUUAUCUUCAGUUCGCUCCCUCCAACAUCUCGACAAGAGCACACGCCGAAUUGGGGCCAGUUUUGAGUCCACGUCAUCGCCUUUUUCAUUUGUCUCCAUCACUGAACGCACCGCCUCCCUCCGUCGCUACAACACAAUCAAAGCAAACUUUCCAAGAGACAAAGAACACCAUGUACUUCUAGAAAGUCUUUAUCAAAUCUAUGAAUGGAUGUACACUAUAGUCUCCUCCCAAAGUAAAAAAAUAAUAAUCAAAAAGUAAUAUUAGGGGUAAUAAUGCAAAUAUUCAAUAUUUGGUCAUAUGAGGAUUAUGGUAGGAGGUCUUCAAUAUCUCCUAAGGGCUAUGAUGAUAGGAUCUUCAAUUUCCUGUUCUCACCAGAGUAGCAGCAAUUUUACAGUACUGCUUUUUACCCGGCAACAGCGCCCUCUUGUUUUAUUUUAAGGUAGAUCAGCUUUAAUAUUGCA